GGCAGACAGACCCAGCAGAGGCAGGAGGAGGCGGAGGAGGACUCAGCCCAGCCGGGUGCUGCAGAGGAGCUCGCUGUGAGCCCGAGCGAGCCGGGGCAGAGCGGCUGAAGCGGCCUCGCUGCAGAGAGACGGGGCGGCGGAGGGAGAGGCCGGGCCGGCUCCCCUCCCUGCGCCGGGCUCUCCUAGGGGAGGAGGGCGGGUGGCUGCUUGUUCCGGCCUCCUCCUGUCUCUUUAACCACCCCAAAAUGAUUCAGCUCCAUGGCUGCCACUGACGGGAAUGUCCCUGCCCGGCUCAGGCUGCCGCCGCCGCCGCCCUGCUGCGUGCCAGCCCUGUACGUAUCUGCCUGCGCCUUGCUGCUCCUAGGCGCCCCAGCCGGCCGCUCCGCCGAGCCCCCGGCACCCCCUCGCCGCCCCUCCGCACCCAGCCGCCAGAGGCGGCGGCGGCGGCCGCUCCCCCGGGGCCCCGCGGCGGGGAGGUCCGCUCUGCCGAGAGCCACCCCCCUAUAGCUACACACAGCUCGGCUGGGAGCCGGGGAGGGGGGCGGGCGGUUGCUUUCUGAGUUGGCCGGAUAACGUGGGUAAUUUCUUCCCCAGCACCCCGCCCCCCGGAGAAGCGGGCCAGGGGGGAGUGGAGCGCGGAGGGGAAAGUGAACGGCAAAGGACUGAAAGUGUCACAUUCACUGGCUCUGAUCUGAAGGCGGCGGAGGGACCCGGCCUCACCCCCCCCCCCCAGCCCCCGAGAGGAGGAGGAGAAGGAAAAGGGGCGGUUUAGUGGCAGUGCCGGCUGUGCCGAGGCGGCUCAGCCUGUGCUGUGUGCGCCAGCGGGGAGGGGAGAGGGGGUUGUGUGUGUGUGUGGUGCCUCUCCCCUGGGUUGCAUGCAGAGCUAACUGUGUGGCUGUCUCUCUCCGGGCCGGGGAACUGCACUCUUAAAAUAAACCCGGUACAAUGCACCAGCCUGACUCAGCCGCAGACAUUAGUCCUAGGAAGAUGGCGCACCCGGCAAUGUUUCCUAGAAGGGGCAGCGGCGGCGGCAGCUGCGUUACUGCGCUCAAUGCACCAGGUACCGGCGCUGGUAGCGGUGCCCUCUCCACCGAGGAUUAUCCGCCGCCUCUGCUCAUCCAGCCGCCUCCUCCGUCUCUUGCAGCAUCUUCAUCGGCGGGUCCACAGCUGCCACCCCCUCCUCCACAAAGCCUGAACCUCCUCGCCCAGUCUCAGCUCCAGCCACAGCCUCUUGCACAAGCUGGAGCCCAAAUGAAAAAGAAAAGUGGCUUCCAAAUUACCAGCGUGACCCCUGCUCAGAUCUCUGCCAGUAUGAGCUCCAACAACAGCAUAGCAGAGGACACGGAAAGCUACGACGACCUGGAUGAGUCUCACACUGAAGACCUGUCUUCUUCAGAAAUUUUGGACGUUUCUUUAUCCCGGGCCACUGACUUGGGUGAACCUGAACGGAGCUCCUCCGAAGAGACUUUAAAUAACUUCCAAGAGGCUGAGACUCCUGGGGCCGUCUCUCCAAACCAGCCUCACCUUUCUCAGCAGCAUCCCCCUUUGCCACAUCACCCACAGCAGAGUGUUGUGAUCAAUGGAAAUGUUCACCCCCAUCAUGGUCACCAUCACCACCAUCUUCAUCAUCACCAUCAUGGGCAUCAUCAUCCAUCACAUCCUGGGGUGGGCAGUACACCAGCUUCUGGAGGACCACCCCCAAGUCCAUCAUUUAGAAAGCUGUCCACAACUGGAAGCUCUGACAAUGUUAUCACAGCUGCACCAGUUUCUGCUGCAUCAUCCACUGGUACUCCUGCAUCUGCCCUGUCUAAUAUUCGCACUACAAGUACUCCUGGCAAUAUAGGUGUAAGUCCUGUUACUGGAACUAGUACGUUAAGUAAUGUGGUUGGUGGUAGUCCUAGCAUGACAAGCAGCAUGCUUGGUAACGUUAAUAUAAACUUAAGCAACAUCACAAGUACUGCUAAUGUACAUGCUUUGUCUGGAACCAGCAGCAAUGUUAAUGUGAAUAUCUUGAGUGGUGUUGGCAAUGGUACGAGUGCUUCCUCUAAUGUCAUUAAUAAUGUUACUAAUCCAACUGCAGGAAUGGCAGUGGGAUCAAGUCAGCAGCAGCCUGCAGCUGGCACAUCAAGGUUUAGAGUUGUAAAAUUAGAUUCCAGUUCUGAACCUUUUAAAAAAGGUAGAUGGAUAUGCACUGAAUUCUAUGAUAAAGAAAACGCUGUAGCAGUUACAGAAGGAGUAGCAGUAAACAAAGUGGUAGAGACUAUAAAACAAAAUCCACUUGAAGUGACUUCUGAAAGGGAGAGCACCAGUGGGAGUUCUGUUAGCAGCAAUGUAAGCACACUGAGUCACUACACAGAAAGUGUGGGAAGCGGGGAAAUGGGAGCACCUACUGUGAUACAACAGCAGACAUUUCAAGGUGUGGGUCCACAGCAGAUGGAUUUUAGUUGUGCUGGACCUCAGACUAUUCCAGCGUCCAAUAUACCGCAAAGUAUUUCUCAAUCACAGCUUGCACAAGUACAAUUGCCUUCUCAAGAAGUAAAUUAUCCACAGCAAAAGCAAGGAGUCCAGUCUUCAGCACAGGCUAGUCUAACAACUGUUACUGGUGUUCAGCCAACUCCAGUUAAUGUAGGUGUAUCAUCUUUAGGUCACCAACAACCUGCUAUUCCAAGUGUGGCUCAGCAGCAGCUAUCAUAUUCUCAACCCUCACGACCUGUGCAAACUUUGCCUGUUGUACCACAACAGCAGUUACAGUAUGGACAACAGACACUUCCCAUGCAGAUGGCCCCUGCACGAGUUAAACCAGUGAAUCAGAGUUCUGUGACAGGGACCAUACCGGACUACAUACAACAUCAGCAGAUACUUCAACCUCCAGUGCCUGCUGUGCAAUCCAGCUCUACAGGAGUAGGAGCAGGAACACCGGUUCCCGUUGCUCAGGCACCAAGCAUCCAACCUUCUGUACAAGUACAUCCUGCUGUGGCAUCAGCUCAGCCUGUUGCACAUGCUCAGACAGCAAUGCCACCUGUAGGUACUAGUGGUCAAAUUAUUAACAUUGGACAACAAGGAAAUGUACCUGCUGUGAUGCAGCAGCCACCUGUUGCAAACCAAAUUACACCUUCAGUUAUGCAGCAAAGUGCUGCUCCUCCAUCUUCACAAGUGGUGCAGCCUGUUCAGACUGGAAUAAUUCAGCAGGGACUACAAGCUGGUGCUUCAGGCCUUCCUCCGCAAAUGGUAAUUGCUUCACAAAAUGUUUUGUUUCCUGUACAACCCCAGGCACAAGUAGAAACUGUAGUUCAAGGAAUGACCAGCCAACCAUUGCCUGCAGUUAGCCCUAUACCUUCUACUAGUGCUGUUCCUGCUCCAAGUCAAGUUAGUUCAAAUGUACCUCCUGAUAUACCUUCUGCUCCUGUAAGUUUGGGUCCAUCACAGAACAUAGCACAAGCUUCAGCUGUGCAAAAUGGGAAUUUGGUUCAAAGUGUUAGUCAGCCUCCCUUGAUAUCAACUAGUAUAAGUAUACCAGUGGCACAAAAUGUGCCACAACAGAUACCGCUAAACUCUACACAGUUCUCUGCACAAUCACUAACUCAGUCAAUUGUAAGCCAAAUUGAAGAUGGCAGGCGCCCUACAGAACCUUCCUUAGUUGGUUUACCGCAAGCUGCCAGUGGUGAAAGUGGUGUUGGAGCAUCAGCUGUUUCAGAUGGGAGUGGCAGCAACAUAACAUCAUCUGCUUCCCUUUUUCCACUGAAAGUACUGCCAUUGACAACCCAUCUUGUUGAUGGUGAGGAUGAGAGCUCCUCGGGUGCAAGUGUGGUAGCUAUUGACAACAAAAUCGAGCAAGCGAUGGAUCUGGUGAAGAGCCAUUUGAUGUAUGCUGUGAGGGAGGAAGUGGAGGUCCUCAAAGAGCAAAUCAAAGAGCUGAUUGAGAAGAACUCCCAGCUGGAGCAGGAAAACACUCUGCUGAAAACACUGGCCAGCCCAGAGCAGCUCGCCCAGUUCCAAGCACAGCUGCAGACUGGUUCUCCACCUUCUUCCCAGACACAAGGGACAACACAACAGCCUGCCCAGCCGGCAUCACAGGGCUCAGGACCUUCAGCAUAGUCUCCAAUGCCCUGGCCUUCCUGGCCAGUAUGCUCUGGACUACCCAGAGAAAAGAGGACAAGUGGAAAUCUGCCACAGUUACCCCCUCAUCCAUUUCAUUGCACGCUGCAGUCCAGACUCAAGGACUCUGUACACUGCACGCACCAUCACAAGACAUUUUUUUUUUCAGUAUUAAGCACUCAUCUGUCCUUUCCUUUUGGCUAAAGGAGUUCUUAUUUUUAGGUUGGUGAAUUAAAAAAAACAACACAAAACACUAUUUUCCAGAGAAUUAGCACAAAUGCACUGGGGACUUGAACAGCUUCUGGAAAUGGCUAAGAAAUGGAGUUGCAUGCUUGAUUUUUGUUUUAAAUCUUCCAUCCAUCCACUGCUGUUACUAAUGCAGGCAUGAAAAAAAUGAAGAAAUAGACUGGAGUAAAAGUGAUGGAUCAAUACCCCACAUCCAAUUGGGAUCCAAAGUAAAGACUGAUUCAUAGGAUCUAAGGGGGAAAGGUAAAUUUCAACACUAAACUGUCACCUGAAACCUUAAGCGCAAAUAUGUUUGCGCUAUUUUCUGAAGCCGUGGACAGGUGCAUAAAGCUGUAUUAGAGAGAGAGAAGGUAGGUGACAGAGUUGGGAUGUAGGAUAAUUACAAUGAAGGUUAUUUGCCUAAUGUAUAUUUGUGUAUUUAGUGUAAUUACUUUGUAAAAUAGAACACUGUAACUACUAUUUAGAUUGUACAGAUUGAAAUUUAGUUGUUUCAUUGGCUGAUCUGAUGAAGUUUGGAUAGUUGUGUUUUUGUUUUGUUUUUUUUAAAUGCUACAUAAAUAUGAAUACACCUACGCAGCUGAUCAGAAUUUGGCAGAUUUAUGCUGUUUGUGUAAUUUCUGAAUUUCCCUGGCUGCUGAAUAUUUGAAGUAAAUCUUUGUUCACUGUAGUUUGGUUUAAGACAGGAAAAAACACUU